GUUUUUCUUAGUUUUAGAGGAACAGACACUCGCAAGACCUUUGUGGAUCAUCUCUAUUCAGCUCUUGUACAACAAGGCAUAUACACUUACAAAGAUGACGAAACACUUGCUCCAGGUGAAGCCAUCGGUCCAUCGCUAUUGAAGGCCAUUGAAGAAUCACGGAUUGCUGUCAUUGUAUUCUCUGAAAACUAUGCCGAUUCUUCUUGGUGCUUAGAUGAACUUGCGUAUAUUAUGAAAUGUAAGGACAAGAGAGGCCAAAUCGUUAUGCCCAUAUUCUAUCACAUGGAUCCCUCUGAAGUCCGAAAACAAAAGGUGAAAUAUGGAGAAGCUCUUGCAAAACAUGAGUCGGAGAAUAAAAACGUCGUAUCUUGGAGAAAAGCACUUACUGAUGUAGGCAACCUUUCUGGAUGGGAAACCAAGCACAUCGCCAAUGGGCAUGAGGCAAAAUGCAUCAGAGAAAUUGUCGACACAAUUUCAAGCAGACUAUCUGCUGCAAUUUCAAGUGACAAUGAAGACCUAAUUGGAAUAGGGGCUCGCCUUCAACAUUUGAAAUCAAAGAUGAAAAUGGAAUCAGAUGGUGUAGUGAUGGUUGGAAUAUGGGGGAUUGGGGGUGGUGGUAAGACUACUCUUGCAUCUGCUCUUUAUGAUGAGAUCUCUAGCAGGUUUGAUGGUUGCUGCUUUGUAGAUAAUAUUCGGGAAGAAUCAAGCAAGUCUGAUGGUUUGCCAAAAUUGCAAGAAAGAAUUCUCUCUCUUGUUUUGAAACAAAAACAAAUGGAAGUAAACAGAGUUGUACAAGGAAGAUGCUUGAUCAAGAGUCGGCUUUGUCGUAAAAAGGUGUUGAUUGUUCUUGAUGAUGUCGAUCACCUUGACCAGCUAAAGUCGUUAGCUGGAUCACACGAUUGGUUUGGUGAAGGAAGCCGUAUAAUAAUCACAACUAGAGAUAACCACUUAUUAAAUGCUCAUAAAGUAAACGUGAUGUACAAUAUUUGCUUGUUAAAUGACGAUGAGGCUAUUAAGCUCUUUUACAAGCAUGCACCUCGGCAUGGUAGACCCAUGGAAGACUAUGCGAGGCUUUCACAAGCUGUGAUUUCUUAUGCCCGUGGGCUCCCGUUAGCACUUAUAGUUCUGGGUUCAUUUUUGUGUGACAAAGACAAGAGUGAGUGGAUGAGUGCCUUAGCCAGACUAAAAGACAUCCCAGAUAUUGAUAUUGUGGAAAAGCUAAAGAUUAGCUAUGAUGGACUUGAACCAGUGGAGAAAGAGUUGUUCCUAGACAUUGCAUGUUUUUUUAGGGGAAGAUUUAAAGAUGAGGCAAUGGUGAUACUUGAUGCUUGUGGUUUUCACCCAAUCAUAGGGGUAAAGGUGUUGAUACAAAAGGCUCUCAUAACUGUGUCGGAAGAAGGAAGGUUUGAUAUGCAUGAUCUAAUACAAGAAAUGGGACACUACAUCGUUCGAGGAGAAAAUCCUAAAAAUCCUGAAUUACACAGCAGGGUUUGGGAGGAGGAAGAUGUUGUAAACAUAUGUGCUAUGGAUGCAACAACGGAAAAUGACACGAUUGAAGCAUUACAAAUUGGAUGGCUUCAGGACGUGCCUCCUAGUCUUCCUGAGGCUGUUGCAAACAUGAAGAAACUUCGGUGGAUUUCUUGCUAUAAAUAUCGAGCAAGUUCAUUUUCAAGAAAAUUUCAACCAACGAAGCUUUGUUGUCUACAAUUGGAGAGUAGCUUUGUAGAGCAACUUUGGGAAGGUUAUAAGCAUCUACCAAGAUUGAAAGUGCUCGAUCUCAGAGGUUCUAAAAACCUUAUCAGGACUCCGGAUUUUAAAGGACUUCCAUGUCUUGAAAGAAUUAUACUCGAGGGCUGUACCAAUUUAAAACAGAUUCAUCCAUCAAUUGGACACCAUGAAAAGCUUAUUUUCCUGGACAUGGAACACUGUACAAGCCUUGAGAUAUUUCCACCCAUCAUCAAGAUGAAAAAGUUGGAGACGCUUAUACUCUCUAAUUGUACUCAACUUUGCAAGUUCCAUGAGAUCGAAUCGAACAUGGACAGUUUGGAAAAGCUUUGUUUGAGAGGAACUAAGAUAGAAUACCUGCCCUCAUCAGUUGGACGAUAUUGUACCAAGCUUCUUUCACUUGACCUCAGUAGUUGCUUCCAUCUAAAGAAGAUUGAAGGCAACUUGUGUCUCUUAAAACAUUUGAAAGAGCUUCAUCUCAAUGAUUGUAAGCAACUUAAGAUACCUGUGGAGGGCCUUUUUGACGUAGAAUGUUGUUUACAUGUGCUUUCUUUAUCUUACAUAUCCUUGAGGAAUCUUGAUCGUAAGCGUCUUGGCUUUUCACAUUCUUUAAAAAGGUUGAGUCUUGGAUGGUGCAAAUUGGUAGAUGGAGACAUGUCUGUUGUUUGCAAGGAGUUAUCCAACCUACAAGUAUUAGACCUAAGUGGAAAUGAUUUCUCACAGUUGCAUUGCAGCCUCUCGCACCUUACUCGUCUCAAAUUCCUUGACUUGUCAGAUUGCAAUAGACUUGUACAAUUACCGGAUCUCCCAUCAAACCUAUCUAUUCUAAAAGCAGGCAGGUGCAAGUCGCUUAAAAUUUUAGGAGAUUUUCCAACAAACCUUACAUGGUUGUGGAAAGUCUUACUUCCAACCAGAAACUGUAACAAGGAGAGGGUAUUGCAAUCCAUGUUUCAGGGAAAUGCCUUUGAGAACCACUUUAUCAGCCUCCAUUUUGUUGAUACUACAUUUUCAACAAGUGACUUUGAAUAUACAUUUUCAACAAGAGACUUUGAACAUACAUUUUCAACAAGUGACUUUGAAGGGGGAGCAUUCACAUUACAACUUCCUUGGAACUGGUAUAACGAAUUCAGUGGAUUCUUAAUACAAAUUAAUGGUUAUCCCGAAAAUCAGGUAAUUACCAUCAUGGAUGUAAUGGAUAAUAGGGAAGAUGCAGUUGAAAUUGAUGAAUAUUGGUUGGAGGUAGCUGAUGAAAUUGAUGAAGAUUGGUUGGGGGUGUGUGAUGAUGACAUUGAUGAAGAUGAGUUGGAGGUGUGUAAUGAUGACAUUGAUGAAGAUGAGUUGGAGGUGUGUUAUGAUGACAUUGAUGAAGAUGGGUUGGAGGUGUGUUAUGAUGACAUUGAUGAAGAUGGGUUGGAGGAGUGUUAUGAUGACAUUGAUGAAGAUGGGUUGGAGAUGUGUGGUGAUGACAUUGAUGAAGAUGAGUUGGAGGGGUGUGAUGAUGACAUUGAUGAAGAUGAGGGAAGGGAGAGAUGCAGUAGCAUGUGUUAUAUAUCAUUUGGUUCAUUGAAGCACACUUCAUGGUGGAAUUCGACUCACACUGCCAUUUCGUUUUUCUUAUUACAACAAGAAGAUGCAUGCCUAGAAGUUGAACUUGUUCCUAUCAGAGGAGGUAAAGGCGAUUCAAUAGGAAGCACAACAAAUUAUUGGGAUGAGGAAGUUAAAGGUAGAAAGACAUUUGAGAUCGUACAUGAUUCAAAGUCCUCUAUCGAGAUCCAAUGGCAUUAUUUUUCAUAA